AUGAAUAAGCUACUUCAUUUAUCAAACGUGGAAACCGUGGCAAAUGUGUACCAGUUGAGAGAAUUAUACGACCAACUAGAAAUAAACAUCAGAAGUCUGGGAACCAUGGGAAUUCAAAGUGAAACCUAUGGAACUUUGUUAAUACCGAUCAUCAUGGACAAGAUACCAAAGGCAAUUUCUCUGGAAAUUAAUCGGAAACUUGAUAAGAAAGACUCAUUGGAUGUCGAUAAGGUAUUAGCUUUAAUCAAAGCGGAAGUAGAAGCAAGAGAACGAUGUUUGAUCACAGGAGUAACGAUCGAAUCGCAAGACCAUCAAAAGGAAAACGAUAAGACAGGGCCAAGAAGAAGACGUCAGUUUAAUUCUACGUGUAGCACCCUGUACGCGGGUAACAGAAACGUUAUUUAUUGUAGCUUUUGCUCUAAAAAUCAUCCAAGCCUAAAAUGCACCGUUGUUACGGAUCCUGCUUCAAGAAAAGCCGUCCUUAGAAGAAAGGGGAAAUGUUACAUAUGUCUCAAGUCAGGACACCUCGCGUCUCAGUGUCCAUCUCAACAUAAUUUUCAUAAGUGUCGAGGUCGACAUCACACUGCAAUAUGUGACUCUCAGAGUACCUCGAGUAACAACGCCGCUCAGAACACUGCUAGUAACAAUACCCUUCAGAGUAUUACAAGUAACGACGCAACUCAGAGCUCAAAAGCUGAAACAGGAAAUCAGACCGAGAAGAAACAUUGGCAAUCAAGCCAACCGAACCAGUCUAAGCAAACAACUAAUCUACUUCUAAGAAAUGUACUAGCCCUUCCAACAAUUACAUCAACUAAUCUACUGAUCAAGGCAUUUGGAGAAGAAUCUAAUCAAACAAGAAAAUGUGAUCAUGUACAGUUUGCUGUCGAGACUUUAGACGGAUCUGAUGUUUAUGUGAGUGCUUAUAGUGUGCCAGUAAUUUGUAGCCCUGUAGCAAAUCAAGCCAUCGACACAUCUGUAGAUUUUUAUGAACACCUCAGUGGUAUACAGUUGGCUGAUAGCUGUGAUGGAGAAGAAGAAUUGCAAAUUGACAUUCUCAUUGGAGCUGACUUCUAUUGGUGCUUUGCCAACGGAGAAGUUAAAAGAGGAGACACAGGACCCAUCGCCAUCAACACAAAGCUUGGAUCUACCCUCUCUGGACCUGUGAACUCUAACAGGCGAGUAAAGGGAAAUGGGACUACAAACCUGUUAUCUACUCAUGUACUCAGAAUAGAUGCAAGUUCCUUAAUCGAAAGUGACGCAGUAUUGGAAACACCCCCUUGUCCACAGUUUUGGGACGUUGAAAUGGUUGGUACGUGCAUGUUAAAAGGAAGCAAACCAAAUAUCAAGGAACCUAUCCAAGAUAUUGAAUUCAAGAAUGGAAUCUAUCAAGUGAAGUUACCGUUCAUAGACGGACACUCUAUGAUCCCUGACAAUCACAGCACAUCAGUUAAACGUCUACAUUCAUUGAUUACACGACUUCGUAAGGAACCAGAAACUUUGAAACAAUAUGAUGAAGUAAGCAAGGAUCAAAUUGAGAAAGGAGUGGUGGAAAGAGUAACAGACACGAAUGACGGGGAAAAAGUAGGGCACGUUCACUACCUACCUCAUCGUGAAGUAAUGCGAUCAGAUCGAUCCACUACAAAACUUCGUGUUGUCUACGAUGCUUCUAGCAAAGGACCCAAAAAUGUUGGUCCAAGUCUCAAUGACUGUCUUUAUACUGGUCAAAGUCUUUCACCACUGUUAUUUGACAUCCUUCUCAGAUUUAGAACACAUAGACUAGCAAUCACUGCAGACAUCGAAAAAGCCUUCUUGAACAGCAGUAUUUCUCCAGAACACAGAAACUUUCUCAGAUUCUUGUGGGUGAAUAACAUAGAAGAUGAAGAUCCAGCAAUUGAAGUUUUUCGUUUUACUCGUUUGGUGUUUGGACUUACACCAAGCCCUUACAUCUUGAAUGCUACUAUACAUCACCAUUUGGAUCAGUAUGCUCAACAGGAUCCAGGAUUUGUAAAGGAAGUUGUCAACUCCUUGUACGUUGAUGAUUAUACAUCAGGAGCUGAUGAUCUCAAAUCUGCAUCUGAACUAGCCCUCAAGGUAAAACAGAGAAUGCUGGAAGGAGGAUUCAGCAUGAGGAAGUUCGCAAGUAAUUCUACAGAACUGAUUCAAGAACUUCAGGACAUUGAACUGUUUAGCAAUAGUUUAAAUCCUACAGACACUAACACUGAAUGCCAAAUGUUAGGACUAACUUGA